ACAAUGACAAAGUUUUACACCCUUCAUUCACCACACAACCACUCAUCCAUCUGCUGACACACUGAUAACACUGAUUCACACACCUCAUCACCUCACUAUGGUUUUUGGGUUAUUGUAUGUUUAAUAAUAAACUUGUACGCACCGCUCAUGAGCCGGCUCAUGACACUCAUAAACACAUCAAGUUAAAAAGCUGAUCUGUGUGAGCACACACACAUACGUGUUUAUAGACAAUAUCAGGACUUUCGAAAAAAACGUGACAAAUGGGGAUGUGCCUUUCCCAAGGUCCUAGAGACCUGGGAAUCAAAGUAUUUCCGAGCCAUGCUUCUACAAAUACAUCAAUCUGUUGAGAUUUUGUCUAAGGCUAUAUUUUGGUCAGACCUGAUUUUAAUGCUACGGAGGCUCCAGAACACUGUGGUGAGCUCAGAAAAAUGAGGACGCCAAAAUGUCCUAAUUUUUUCGAGCGUCCUGAUAUUGAAGGUGUGUUAUCAUAGAAUUGUCCUCAUUUGUCAUGAAAACAAGUACACGCACACACACACACACAUGCACAGGUUACACUCACAUAACAGCAAACUGUGAGAGGAUGCUGUGCUUUUCAUGUUGGGUUAAUAAUGAAACAAACAAACUGGUGGGGUUACCAUGGCUACGGAUAGGGGAGAGAAAAACAGAGGGUAAAAAGAGAGAGACAGAGAGAGAGGAGAGCGGGUUACAGAAGAAUAGAGAAGGGGAGAAGGUAUUCAAUUGCCAACUUGACCUAACUUGACUUAACUGACCCUGUGGAAUUUCAGCUCAGCUCCUCAGAGGUUUGAAAGCUCCUCACGGGAAAAGAUGAAGGAAGGUGAAGUCGUCCGGGUUGAUUUUAGAGAGCAGGUACUUCUACAGUGAAAGAGAAAGCAGGAGGAAAAAGGAGGGAGAAGAGAAACACAGAGACAGACAGAUGAGGUUUUCCAGUCAACCUGCAGACAGAUGUGGAAGCUGCAGCUGCUCUCACCGCAUGAGGAAGCUGGAUAGAUCAGCCUGGAGCCAGACGGCAGCAGCAUGCCACCUUAGCCAGCACUGAGUUGUCCACCUUCGCCCAUGUCUCCACAAUCCGGUCUCUCCACUUGGUGAAGAUGUAGUCUCUUCUGAUCUCCAUGGAGAUGUCUCCAAACACUGUCUCCUCUGUCUCGUUGCCAUGGUCACUGUGGUUGCUGUUCUUCCUGACCCCCAUCCCUCGGACGACGAGCUCUGCCCCCGACUCUGAAACUCCCCUGCCGGUCAACACCACGCUGUUGUUCGACAGCGGCUCCCCGCCGGGCCACAACCUGCGGAACUGCAGCUGCUCCGUGCCCGUCCGGGACUGUGACGAGGCUCUGGCCAACUCGCUGUGCAGAUGCCAUACUGUUUUGCGCUCCGCUCUGCCCCCCGCUGGGCUCAGAGAACCCAAACGACUCGCCGUGUGGGUGAAGGAGCUUUGGGUUCUGGAGGAGCUGCUGAACGGAAGCACGGUUUGCCAUUUGCGGUUGUCUUUUUGUGGAAUAAAACCGAUGGACAGUCAGUACCUGGCUCUGCUAGGCCUACGGACCCUACGGAUCCACAGCGCAGCACCAGAGGCUCCCUACCCCGACCAGGAAAUUACUAUCUCCCUUGCAGGAGGGGUUGCAGCGGAGCUAGACGCCUUGUCCUUUGACUUCUCCUCUUUCUUCCACAUGACCUUUCUGGAUGUAGCAGUUCUCAACGGGCUCUCGGCCCUAAAGGCGUACAGUGUGGUGGGACCACCUGCUCACAGCCUCUCCCAGCAGUUCCCCCACCUCGCCUUGCCCCUCGCUCUGCCAUCUUCUGCUACUCCUGAUGACCCUACGGACCCCAGCGAGCAGGCUGCAGAGACUCUGCAGAACCUGCUUAUUACGUUUGUCUACUAACAACAAUAAGUUCACAGUCAUGGUCUGGUUUGCAGUAUACAAGUGACAAAUGAUGCACAGGAAUUACAUGGGUUGUCUCCAAUUCCUGUGCAUCAUUUGUCACUUGCUGGAUGUUUUUUUGUUCUCCUUUUGCAUAGAAAAAGUUGCACAUGUAGAAUAUAAUAACUUUUGGUAUGACUGGCUGCUGUACGGUCAGUCUGGCCCAAAGGUGGCUUUGACGUUGUUCUCACCCUGAUGCAUUGCAUUGACUUCAGAACUGUGCGUACGUGGGUACUACACUCCUUCUGAUGCUGCUUUUCCAUCUCUGAAAGGAAUUUUCUGAGAAAUGUUCUGCCCGGACAAGCACAAGCUUUUGGGAAUGUUUACACCAGCUACAAUUUCAAGUCUUACUACAGCAUAUUUUUGGUAUCAUCCCAUAACAUAAGUAGUGUUGAUUUUGCUAACAGGAAGCUGUAACGACCCUGAUUCUCACGUCACAAAUGAUCUGCUCUGGUCAGAGGCGACGCUUUACUUGUGCUCAUUUUCUGGAACUGUGGCCCAUAUCAACACCACGGGGACACGGUGUGUUUACAUGCAUAACUAUUAUCUCAUAGCCUUGUUAUGGCUAUAUACAGGUGAUCGUUUUACAUUCUGUACAGAUUCUGAUUACAAAUGUUAGCA